AUGACAAGUGGUGACUUAAUGGAGUGGAAAGCCGAGAUGGAGGUGUCGACGAGUUUACUUGCUGUUAAGGGAAAAUGGGUCAGCGUCUAUUGCCUCAUGCUUCAAACUCAGCACGUCGUCCGCGACGCCGUUGUUUCAAACAAGCACCUUCGAAUCUACACGAUCAUCUUUGAUGAGGAUCAUUCAGAUGGCAUUGCGCCGCUGGUAUACGCCGAGGACUUGUCCAGGAAUGGUACCUAUUGGAACGGUUCACUCAUCGGCAAAGGGAAUGGUGGUGUACUGCUAAGUGAUGGUGACACGUUGAGAGUCUCUCCUCGCAUCUACUACCAAUUUCGGCAAAGCACAAGACAAGAUGCAGAGCGACAGUUUGAUCUCACACAGGAAUGCGAAAUGAAGGUUGGAGAAGACGGCCGGGAUUUUACUUUUGAUGCUAACGUGACACAGCAUUUUGAAAAAGAGUACAAUGUGUCCGAUCGGAAAUUGGGCUCUGGAGCUUGUGGUGCAGUCUUCAUGGCUAUCGAGCAAUCAAGGCGUACUCAACUUGCAUGCAAGAUUGUGGAUCUACGCAGAUUGGGCGUUGCGCCUCGAACACAGACUAGCAGAUGUGAGACCGCAGCCGCUACAGAAGAGGUUGACAGUCGAGCGCAAAUGGCUAAAAUCAAGCUUUGGGCUGAAAGAAAGCAAAAUGAAUACCGCCUCGAACAGCAGCUAAAUGCGUACUAUCGCGAGGCCAGUAUCCUAGCGACUUUGAGUCACCCAAACAUCAUCGGCAUCGAAAAGGUUUACAUCACAGAUAACUCCAUCUACAUCUUUCAGGACCUUAUCACUGGUGGCGAUUUGUUCUCAUUCCUGGAGCGCAAGAACGGAAAGCUUUCAGAAGUCGAAGCGGCUGUGAUCGUCCGACAAAUCGUGAUCGCUCUCGAAUAUCUCCAUGACCAGAACAUCGUCCAUAGAGACCUCAAACCCGAGAACAUCCUAAUGACAUCUUUGGCAAACGGGUGUCGGGUGGUGCUGACCGAUUUUGGGCACUCGAAGAAGGUCGAAAAUGAUCGCACACGCAUGACUACGAUGGCUGGAACUGAACAGUACAUCGCUCCUGAAAUUUCUGGACUUGGCAGGCACUUCAACGGCAAGAACGGUUACACCAAAGCUAUCGAUAUGUGGUCCUUGGGUUGUGUCACUGUUGUGCUGCUAACAGGAGGUUCGCCAUUCAUAAAUCCAAAAACCAACCAAUACUGUCAACAGCUGGCACAGGAGUGUAGCCUACAACAACUGGAAUGUGUUGCUGAAUGGCAGUUUGUUGGCAAAAGACCCAAGGAUUUUGUCAGACGGCUCCUUGUUCUCGAUGAAGAACAGAGAAUGACCCCGAGUGAUGCAAAGAAGCAUUGCUGGUUCUCAAACGACUCCCACAGGCUGGACUUUGAAGCGGUAUACCAGCGGGCAAUCCAGCACUGGAGACCACGGACACUAAAACCACCAGUCAUCGAUGUGAUAGACGCGCACCACUCAACGGAGCAAUCUAUGUUGCAGAAAAGUGACCUUGGGCAGCGCAUCAGCCGCAGGAAGAACCCCGUCCCUAUUGAUCCUCCCUACAAACCAUAUCCCCGCCGGAUGAGCUUCUUAUUGCUUUCAAAGCGAAGGCCAUUUCUGUCAGGUGUGAUGUCAGAAGAAGUAAGAACCGCAAUACAGGAGAAAUGGUCACCUGAAAAGAUGCGAGGGCGGGCACCAGAUCCGGAAGAGGACAAAGUACCAGCCUUAGUUCCAGAUGGGUUGUCUCAAUGUAGCGAAACAAGAAACGACCAGGCUUUGAUGGGCAAAUCUGAGGGUAGUGAAGGCUUUGCACCUACCACGAACCCAGCCAUGGCCGAAGACAGGGCUCCUCAUUUUAGGGACGAUGCUACUGUACUGGAUGAAGUAACGUUCAACCGGGAAAGUGAGGAUGUGGCAGCCAAAAUGUCACCAGGUUUAGCAAUGCACAAUGCAGGCGAAAAGCCCAAGCCCUCACUAAACGUGAAAGGGGGCCGGCAAACCCCCUUCACGUCAACACUGUCAUUACAGGAAGAUCCAAACUUCCUGCCCGCUAACCAUACGAAACCUUUUACCUAUCGAGCCGCAGAAGCUUCUGAAGGGAAAAGUGGUCUGACAAAACUUCAACGGCCUUUGCGAAGUCUGAACAUGAGGUUUAAACAAACAUCAAAGUCGAAAAGGCGGCGGGGAUCCAUCUAUGACAUUGACUCGGAUGACGAGUCGGAGCAGGCACACUGUGAUCUCAGUACGUUUCGAGUCAACCCUGAGGGCCGAUCUGUCCGAACUGGCACAGUCUGGAAGAAGGCCCGAACCAGCAUGCACGAGCGAGAGCAUUGA